AGAAAGAACAGUAAAAAAUGCAGGCACAGGACAAAGCAGUAGUAAUAAAAUUGUAUUGAGUGAAUGUCACUUUUAACAUUUUUUAAUUUCCGGUUCCGUCCCCUGUAUGUCCCGUACAUCCCAACACACACAAGGAACGGAACCCGGAAGACGGAUGCUAGCAUCGGCUGGAGGAGAUGGCCGGGGACGCUGCAGGGGGACAUCGCGGGAGCGAAGGACAAGGUAAGUGCUGGAGGGAAUCCCUGAGCAACGCUGCAAGGUAAUCUCGAGUGUAGCUUGGGGUUACCACUUUUGGUACUGAAA